AUGGAUGCAGACCCUCCUUCUGGAUGUUCGUCCUCCGCCAAGCCAACUGAAAGUGGCCAGGGGAUAUUCUCAUCACAACCCACGGUUUUCAUUCUGCCCACACAUUUGAGUCUGGAUAAGCUGCACGAAACAGAAAGGCGACUGGUUGAGCAUGGUGGGAAAAUCACCUACGACAUUACCGAAGCCGGUCUGAUUUUGGGGAAGAUUGGCCAAAAGAAGCGUGCUGCCCUGGAGCUUCGCUCUCGUGGGAUCAGGACGGAAGAGUCUCCGUCAACACCGGUAUCUACUCAGGCGAUAUCCUUGGGGGAAAAGCAGCCUCCAGUCAAAAGAAGGAAGAUUGAACAAGAUUAUAAACCGGUCCGCGAUGGAGCCGGACCAGAGAUUGUCGACCUCAGUACUGAGUCUGAAAGCGAGAAAGAUGGAGUGAGAAGUCGGCAUGAUCCUUCUCAGCACCUGGUGCAAGUCCAAGACCCGCCAGGCACUAUCACUCUUCUUAAGCUGGAGUGGCUAGACCGUUCCAUCAUAGCCGGAAAAAGUCUCUCUUACGAGUCGUUUCUCAUAUACCAGGGCCAAAAGACCAAUUCUCCGGGCGAAACAUCUGCAAAACUAAUAUCUGAGAAGCUACCCAGCGAGAUUCUCCAACGUGCCAAGGAGGAUGCAGCUUCACAGCCUCCGCCAGUUCUCACAACCCGAUUUCACCCUCGGCGCUCCAAAGAAUCACACGAUUGGACUUCCAUUCAAAAGCCACCAACCCUUGUCCGAACAACCACAUCCGAGAACGAUGAAACUGCCACUCCUCCAGACCAACCAGAGUGGGUAAAAAAUCAAAUUUUGUACGCAUGCCUACGCUCAGCCCCACUGCACACUCCAAAUGCAGAUUUCCUGGCGCAACUCAUCAAAAUUCGCCGAAUACGCCAAUUAACACUCGACGAUAUCGGCGUGCGAGCAUAUAGCACAUCAAUUGCGACACUCUCAGCGUACCCGCACGUCCUCAAACGGCCCAGUGAAGUCCUCGCUUUACCAGGAUGUGACGUGAAGAUCGCAAACCUCUUCUCUGAGUUCCAGCAGCACGGAGGCUGUAACCACACAGACGACGACGGAAAUGUUGCCGCAGCAGAUGCAUUGGAUACAGACCCUAUGCUGAGCGUUCUGAACACGUUCAACAAGAUCUGGGGCGUGGGCGCCAAGACCGCUAGAGAGUUCUACCUUAAGGGGUGGAGGGAUCUAGAUGAUAUUGUUGAGUAUGGAUGGGACUCUCUCUCGCGGGUGCAGCAGAUUGGAGUCAAGUUCUUUGAUGAGUUUGAAGCUGGUGUUUCGCGCGUGGAAUCAGAGACCAUCGCCGAUCUUGUAAGAAGGCAUGCUCAGCGUGUGAGGCCAGACGCUGAAAACAUCGACUGUAUCAUUGUCGGCGGCUACCGUCGUGGAAAAGAAAUCUCUGGCGACGUGGAUAUUAUAUUAACACAUCGCGACGACUCAGUCACCCGAAACCUGAUCGUUGAUGUGGUAUCUAGUCUAGAGAAGGAGGCAUACAUCACGCAUACCCUCUCCUUGCAUCUAACUUCAACACUGCGAGAACAGUCAACUCUACCAUUCCGGGGCGACGAAACAGGAAAACAUUUUGAUUCGCUCGAUAAGGCACUUGUCGUAUGGCAAGAUCCUAUCUUUGACUCUACAGAUGCGAGCGAUGCGGAGGGGCGGAAACGAAAUCCGAAUCCGCAUCGUCGGGUGGACAUCAUCAUUUCGCCGUGGCGAACAGUGGGCUGUGCAGUGCUUGGCUGGUCUGGAGACACAACAUUCCAGCGCGAUUUGAGGCGAUUUGCGAAGAAAGCGCAUGGUUGGAAGUUUGACUCUAGUGGGGUGCGGGAGCGUACUGCUGGCGGGGAGGUGGUGGAUUUGGAGUAUGGAGGGGAGACCUGGGAGGAGAGGGAGAGGUUGGUCAUGGAAAGGUUGGGAAUUGGGUGGAGGCCCCCAGAGGAGCGAUGUACGCGUUAG